CUGGAUGGGACGACAUCUUCCACGCAUUUCCUGAUAAAUCCACAGACUGAGUCUGUGUAUUCAUCAAUGUCUCUGGCGGCCACGUGAAUAUUAGUUUCAUUGAUCACUGAUCGAUUGAUGGAGUGUCGUCUCUCGUGAUUCCUGCUGAAAUGUUGGACCUGCAUAUAAGUUCCUGAUUUGAGGUCCCGGUCGUUCUGUGUGCGCGCACGAGGACGCGAAACAGGAAGUGUGACAGACAUGAGGCUCGCGCUGCUGCUGUGCACGCUCUGCUGCACCGGGACUCUGGUAACCGGAACCGGAGGAUCCCGGCUCCCUGAUGGACCCCCCGGGGAGCCGGACCGGGACCCCGGUCUGGGUUUGGGCGUGGACGUGUCGGCCCCUCUGCGACGCGUGGAUCCGCGCUUUCUGUCCGUGACCAUCGACGCGAGUCUGGCUUCACAGGAGAGCUUCGUGUGGCUACUGAGCUCUCGGAGGAUGAGGACGCUUGCAGCAGCUCUGAGUCCGGCCUUCCUGCGAUUUGGGGGGACGCGGCAGGACUUCAUGGUGUUUGAGCCUCACAGGAGGCAACAGUGGGAGGAGCCUCAGGACGCUGCAGGUGAGUCAUGUGACCAGACUUUCCUACCCCCGUGGAUGGAGGAGCGUCUGAAGUGCGACUGGGCGAAGCAGAAGCUGGUCCUGAUGAAGGAGGACCUGCUGGGUACAUACAGGAGCUUCUUCUUCACAGAGCUCACCGUGGACCAGCUGCAUGCCUUCGCCAACUGCUCUGGCUUCCAGCUCAUCUUCGGCCUGAAUGCUCUGCUGAGGACUGCUGACAACAGCUGGAACAACAGCAAUGCUGCCCUGCUGCUGCAGUACUGCCAGUCCAGACAUUAUGGGAUGUCCUGGGAGCUCGGAAACGAGCCAAACAGCUUCGAGAAGAAGGCCGGGAUCCGGGUGGAUGGGCAUCAGCUCGGGCUGGACUUCAUUCGUCUCAGGAAGAUGAUGUCAGAGUCCAAACUGUACCAAGAUGCUGGGCUGUACGGGCCGGACGUUGGCCAGCCGAGAAACCACCACGUAGACUUACUGGACGGAUUCCUGCAGACCGGAGCCGAGGCCAUCGACGCCUGUACCUGGCACCAUUAUUACGUGAACGGCAGAGACACGUCUGUGAAGGACUUCCUGGAUCCUGAAGUCCUGGACUCACUGGCCUUAAAGACCAAUGAAGUCAUGAAGAAAGUGAAGCUGGCGUCUCCGGGAAAGUCGGUUUGGCUCGGAGAGACAAGCUCGGCGUACGGAGGAGGAGCUGCAGGACUGUCAGACACGUUCGUCGCAGGAUUCAUGUGGCUGGAUAAAUUAGGCCUGGGAGCAGCACUCGGCCUGGAUAUCGUGAUGAGGCAGGUGCUCAUCGGCUCUGGGAGUUACCACCUGGUGGACGACAACCUGGAUCCUCUUCCUGUAAGACAGAGUCAGGAUUAUUGGCUGUCUGUUCUCUACAAGAGGCUGGUUGGACCGGAGGUUUUAAAGAUUCAAGUGCUUUCUGAGUUUGGCCGAAGUAAACGAGUGAGGAUGUAUCUGCACUGCACCAACAGGAAGAGCUACAGACGUGGAGCGGUCACGCUGAUGUCAAUGAACCUUGGGAAGACGCCAGCAAGGAUCUCGGUGCCCGCCGUCUUCUCCAACAGCACAGUGGAGGCUUUUGUCCUGGAGUCUGAGCAGCCCGGGGAGGAGGGACUCUACUCCAGGUCAGUGAAGCUGAACGGCGAGGUGUUGAUGAUGGUGGACGAUAAAACGCUGCCUGAACUCAAAGGAAAACUUCUCCUGCCGGCUCGCCACCUGCAGCUUCCUGCCUACUCGCUUGCCUUCUUCGUCCUCCCAGACGCCCAAGCUCCGGCGUGCAGCUGAUGACAUCACACGGAGAGGUGCUGUUUCCUCACACCGUGGACGCCUCAGUGUCAGAUUUUUAGACAAUACUUCCACUUUCUGAUAAUGAGUUUAUUGAUUCUCACUCAUGACCAAACAUCUCCAUCUAUGUCUCCACCCGCUCGUCAGUCACAGAGGCCACACCCCUAAUAAUGUGAACUUCAAGGUUGAUGAGGAUGAUGGAUAUGGAACAAUAUGGAAUAAGAUACUUAAAUGUUUUUUUCAUAACAAUUUUCAGAAACCAAAAAUAUUUUUGAUACGACCGUGUUUCAGCGUGUCAUCAGUGAGGACGUCUAAUGAUCUAAUUAAUCAAAAAGCACAAUGCUGACGCCGCCUCUUCGCCAUCAUCGUCAUCAGCAGGCUGGAGCACGUCCUCCUGAUGCUGCAGCUUCACGUUAUCAUGACAGCAAAUGUGUCAGAGUUUAAGCAGCGGGGAGACAGUGCUGUCACCAUCAGGUCAGACUGGGAACUGCAGUAGCGUCCUCCAUCAUCUUUAUCCAGUCUGUUCAUAAAAACUUCAGUAAAACUAGAAAAAGGUUUUGAAACUUUAACCAGAUGUAUACAUCUUUAUAACAGAUAUUUUACACUGAAAAUAUAAAUGUGUAAUAUAUAUAUAUAAUAAUAUAUCUAUAAACUUUAGUGUGAACUCUGCUAAUUAAAUAUUUAUUUCAUGAAAUCUUUCUGUUCUCUGCUGAUUUUAAAUUGGACUCUAAUAAAACUAAUGAACCAGUGUCCGACGCUCUCAGUGUGACUGUGAAGCUCAGGACGCCUGAGAGGCCCUGCUCUGAGACCUUCAGCUUA